AUGUCGUCCUCUGUGCCGCUCCUUCGUCCUCCAAUUCCUGGCGCCCGCAACAAUACCGGCAGUCCAAGGGCUCCGAAGCUCACCUUGGGCAUCCCUCCCUCCCCUAGCGCCAAACCCGUCGACAAUCCCCCCGCUUUGGUCCCUCAAGCCGUCCCUCAGAUCCAAACUCAAGCGGCGCCACAACCCCAGCGCCCCUCAGGUCGACCGGCUCCCCCACGACUACAGCUAGCUACCCCUUCUGGGGGCCAGCAGAGUGUAUCGCAGCCAGCACUCAUGCCAAGCGGUCGACCAGCCCCGCCCCCGCUGAGCACGAAUGGGUUGGGCGGCGCACCAAAGCUGUCCUUGCAGACCAACGGCACACCCGCCAACUCAUAUACGACGGCCAACUUCGUCAUGGGUCUGCGACAGCCGGAUGGCUCAUCGGAUCCGUCGUCGGCGAUCAGCUCGGUCUACUCGGAACGCGAGGGUGGAGACCGUGAUAACAGCGUCAACGGACUUCUCCCAGAUCUGGACAAGUUGAGUCUGGAGAAGGGUCGGCCUCUCGAUGUGGACGACCUCGAUGACGAGGGCUGGCAUGCGGCCAGUGAACAAAACAAGAUUGUCGAGCUGGGUAGUCUAGGUGAGGGUGCUGGCGGUGCUGUCACCCGUUGCAAACUCAAGGAGGGAAAGACCGUGUUCGCGUUGAAGAUCAUUACCACGGACCCCAAUCCUGAUGUCAAGAAGCAAAUCGUGCGAGAACUCAACUUCAACAAGGACUGCGCCUCGCACCACAUCUGUCGCUACUAUGGUGCCUUUAUGGACAAGUCAACUGGUACAAUUUCGAUCGCUAUGGAAUUCUGUGAAGGCGGAAGUCUAGACAGCAUCUACAAGGAGGUUAAGAAGCUUGGGGGUCGGACUGGAGAGAAGGUGCUCGGAAAGGUCGCAGAGGGCGUCUUGAACGGGUUGACCUAUCUUCACAGCCGAAAGAUCAUCCACCGAGACAUCAAACCUUCCAACAUUCUCUUGUGCCGCGACGGCAAGGUCAAGCUUUGCGACUUCGGUGUCAGUGGUGAAUUCGGAACAAAGGGCGACGCCAACACCUUCAUUGGCACAUCUUACUAUAUGGCCCCAGAACGAAUCACUGGCCAAUCUUACACCAUCACGUCUGACGUCUGGUCCCUUGGAGUGUCUUUGCUUGAAGUCGCCCAGCAUCGGUUCCCCUUCCCUGCCGACGGGACAGAAAUGCAACCCCGUGCAGGACUAAUAGAUCUUCUCACCUAUAUCGUCCGCCAGCCCAUUCCCAAAUUGAAAGAUGAGCCGGACAACGGUAUUCGCUGGUCGGACAACUUCAAAUACUUCAUCGAAUGCUGCUUGGAAAAAGAACCCCCUCGACGCGCGAGUCCCUGGCGGAUGCUGGAACAUCCUUGGGUGCAGGACAUGAAAAACAAGAAGGUCAACAUGGCCAACUUCGUGAAGCAAGUAUGGGAUUGGAAGGAGUAA